ACCGAAGUCGUCGACGUAUUGCAGUAAAUCGUUACCGCGUCUCCGCUCCAGUGCCUGAAAUAUCAACAAUAAAAUGGGUCUACUGGCUAUUUUGCGCAAGUUGAGAUCAAACCCUGAUAAAGAGCUGCGUUUGCUGCUGUUGGGAUUGGACAAUGCCGGCAAGACGACAAUUUUGAAGUCGCUGGCAAGCGAAGAUAUCACGCAGGUCACUCCGACGCAAGGUUUCAACAUAAAAAGCGUCCAGAGCGAAGGCUUCAAGCUGAACGUCUGGGACAUCGGCGGGGCACGAAAAAUUCGACCGUACUGGCGAAAUUACUUCGAGAAUACGGACGUGCUGAUUUACGUCGUUGACAGCGCGGACAUCAAGAGACUAGAAGAAACGGGACAAGAGCUGUCGGAACUCCUGCUGGAGGAAAAAUUACGAGGAGUGCCGUUGUUGGUGUACGCGAACAAGCAAGAUCUGGGACACGCCGUGACGGCGGCCGAGAUAGCGGAGGGACUCGGUUUGCACAAUAUCAAGGAUCGUGAUUGGCAAAUACAAUCUUGCAUCGCUACCGAAGGCAAGGGCGUCAAGGAGGGUCUAGAGUGGGCGUGUAAGAACAUCAAAAGGAAAUAAUAAGCGUGCCCUGAUGGUCGAGAGAUACGAUCGACACGUUUAUCUCACAUUUAGGACGCACGAAAGGAGCAGGCUUACACCGUCCGUUGUACAUUUCACAUGAAUUUUAUUUAUCUUCUAUCUACUAUGUACAAGAAGCUACUGAGGACACCGUCGUUUUUGGAUUCAGUACGAACGUCUGAAUGCCCAGCAUGGAAUUCUCCAUCUCGAAUCCGUCGUACCGAACGAUUCAGUCGUCGGACUUCCGUCCAUUUUAGAACGAACCGUUCGUCAUCAGCCUCGGAAGUUCGCGAAAUUAUAUUUUUUCGCAUGAAAGGAAGGAAGAGAGAGAGAGAGAGAG